CUAAUGCUUGUGCAGCAACCAGCAAGAUCUAAAUCUCAUCUCGCAGAUGGGCAUUACACCCGACGUUACUAUCCACGACCGUCGGCCUACGCUUAAAUCGGCAGCUCUUGCAGUCAUUGCGGCGUUUCGGAUGCAAAAGUUUGCGGACGACUGGGCACAAAAUAGAAAAAUCCACGAGCAGUUGAAGGCCAAGCUGGAGGGCAUGAGGAGGAAUAGCCGAAGAGCAGUGGGUGUGGGUAUGCCGCUUAGUGCGAAGAAGAGUAUUGGGGGUUCACAGUUGAGGAUUGCAAGGUAGAACCUGCAGUAUCCUUGAAACAUCUGAGACCCACAGUCUUGGGCGUGUUUUUCCAGUGUGAAGAGAUAGGCGGGGGUAUUGUUAGGCAUUACAUGGUGUUGAUUGUCAUUUACUCGUCUUUUCGGUCCUCGGUAUAGGUUAUGAAUGGGGGGA